UGUUGUGCUAUUGCUGUUGCGUUUUUUAAGGUGACGGGACGUAUCGUAUACCUACUUGAACUGCGGUCGGUACGAAACAUCCAUUUUGUGUUAUUUAAUUGAAAUAAACCACAUUUUUCAAAGGUUUAAGUGUGAAAAUUAUGGCCUAGUGCAGUUAUUACUUUGAAAAAUAGACGUAUAUUGUUAUAUAUUACUUUAAUUUUUAACUUAAAUGGAGUUAUGGACAUUCCAUUAUUCUAGUAAAAGUGCAGUGACAAACUAAAUUUUGACUUGACAAAUAGAACACGGUUGCAAAUAUUAAUUAUCUUAACUAUUUCUGUAUGAUAUUUAGUGUAUUAUUUAAUAAAAAUGUUUUGUGUUAUUGCGUCUCAUAACCUCAAUCAGGAGGUUUUGUGAAUACGUCGAUCUUUACUCUGCACUGUCGUAAAGAGUUUAUAUUAGCCGUUUUAUUUACCUGUUAUAUAUGAUUCAACGGGAAUAUCAAAUGAACAACGGGUUUAGUACAGGAGAAGAAGAUUCCAGAGGUAAUUCCGAUCAAAUAUGUUGCCUUGUGGAUGACAGCGACCGAUGUAGGCGACUCGCUGGCAACGCGUCAUAUAGCAAGCGUAUACAGAAGACUGUAGCACAAAAGAGGCUCAAGCUCAACAUUGACCAUCAGGCGAGACACACAUAUAUCUGUGAUUAUCAUAAAACCAUGAUCCAGUGUGCAAGAACAAAACAGAGGAGGAACAAAGACUCAGAAGAUGACAGCAAUGAGGCUGAGAUUGAUUCACCUGAAGUAGACUGGUUUCAAUUGCAAGUGAAUACAUUAAGGAGGUAUAAAAAACAUUACAAGGUGCCAACAAGGCCAGGGCUGAAUAAGGCACAGCUUGCAGAUGCCAUUCAGAAGCACUUCAAGUCCCUUCCAGUCAAUGAAAAAGAGAUUGUGACAUAUUUUAUCUAUAUGGUGAAAACAAAUGGCAAUAAGUUAGACCAUAAAAAUGGUAUCAACUCAGACUCAGUGUAAUUUUAAGUGACUAUUUAUGAAUUGUAGGAUUAGUUUAGAUUUAUUCAACUAGGAAAUUUCUCUUUUUAAUUUUUCAAUCUACAUUGAUGUGCUCACAAUGCUGUUAAAAUAAGUUGUCUACAAAUAUGCUAUGAAUUUUGGUUGUAUUAUAAUUAUUUCGUAUUUUUUAUUUAUAUUAUAUUGUGCAAUUUAUUUUCUAGACCAAUAAAACUAUCUUGUAUACUAAACUAUGUUAUAAUAUGUACAAAACAAGUUGUGAUUGUGUAAAGAUGUUAAGACACAAUAUUUCUUGUUCUUUAAAUGUAUUCACUCACGGUCUUUCUGAUUAUCAAUAAUUAAUGUAUUUAUUUUUUAAUAGUUAGACAAUUUUAUGUUACACAGUAGUAUAAAUGUUAUGAUUGUUAAUUGACAAGGGAAAUGCUAAUAUUAUUAUUAAUAUUAUAAGUAUUGUUAAAGAGAUUUAAUAACAACAAAGUGUAAAAUGUAAUUUUUAUUACAUUUUAAUUGAAAA